UCUCCACUAACUUUUUCUCUGUGCCAAACCCAGUGCGGUUGUUCUUCUGCUCAAACCCAACAACCUCCAUACUCCAUGGCACCACCACUACCUACUAUUCUCCUGCUUCUCAUGGCCUCGUUUUUCAUUCCGACACAUACCCAUCUCGAUUCCACUGACCAGGCCUUCACGUCCCUUGUUAUUUCCCAACAGGGUCUUGAUUUUCUCAAGGAUUUGCUCACGUCCAAGGCUGUUUCUUCAAUAAUCUCCCUAAAGCUGCCCCGUAUUGAAAAAACCGUAGAAAUCCCAUUUUUGGGUAAUGUUCAUAUGGUGCUUUGGAACAUCACGAUCAAUGAAGUAGGAGUUGGUUCGUCUUAUAUCAAGCCCGGGGAUACAGGAAUUGCGAUGAUAGCUUCGGGGAUGACCUGCAAUAUGAGCAUGAAUUGGCAUUAUUCUUAUAGUACUUGGCUUUUUCCUUUCGUUGUUUCAGAUGAAGGUGGAGCUUCUAUUGGGGUUGAAGGCAUGGAAGUUGGGCUUACAUUAGACUUGGAGAUCCAAGAAGGAACAUUGAAGCUGUCUCUGGUAGAUUGUAGUUGUGUUGUUAAAGAAAUCUCCAUAAUCUUGGAUGGAGGAACAUCUUGGCUUUAUCAAGGGAUGUUUGAUGCCUUUGAAGAACAAAUAGGGUCUGCAGUGGAAAAUGCUGUUACCAAGCAACUUAAAGAAGGGAUUUUAAAGCUUGAUUCUUUUCUGCAAGCUCUUCCAAAGGAAAUUCCUUUAGAUGAUACUGCUUCCUUGAAUGCUACUCUUGUGAAUGACCCUUUACUGAGUAAUUCUUCAAUUGGGUUUGAGAUUAACGGUUUAUUUACUCCAAGAAAACAGGUCCUAGUCCCUAAAUUCUAUGACAAGGAUUCACAACCUUUAGUUUCCUGUGGUAAUUCAUCAAAAAUGCUUGGAAUAUCAUUGGACGAGGCUGUAUUUAACUCUAUGUCAGCCUUAUACUUCAACGCAGAAUUUAUGAAAUGGAUUGUGGAUACAAUACCAGAUCAGUCUCUUUUGAAUACUGCUGGAUGGAAAUUUAUUGUUCCCCAAUUAUACAAGAAAUACCCAAAUGAUGAUAUGAAUUUGAAUAUUUCUUUAUCUUCUCCUCCAGUCAUUAGGAUCUCAGAGCAUCAUACCAUUGAUGUUACUGUCUAUGCGGACUUGGUAAUUGAUGUUUUGGAAGCAGGGGAAUCAAUACCAGUUGCAUGCAUCUCACUGGUAAUUCGUGCCUCAGGUUUCGUCAAAAUCUCAGGGAAUAAUCUUGCUGGAAGUGUGAAAUUGAAAGACUUUACAAUGUCAUUGAAGUGGAGCAAUAUUGGUAAUCUGCGCAUGUAUCUAAUUCAGCCAAUGAUGUGGACUGUUAUCCAAACUGUUUUCUUGCCAUAUGCAAACUCACGCCUUGGAAAAGGAUUCCCAUUGCCAAUCGUUCACGGUUUUACUUUACAAAAUGCUGCUCUAAUCUGCUCAAAUUCAAGAGUUACGGUUUGUGGCGAUGUAACGUAUACAGAAUGAAACAAGCAACUGCUGAUCCACUUCCAGUACAUACACACAACAGGAAUUACUCCGUGGGAUGAAAGGAAAGAUCAAUCUUCUCUCUCUGUAGUUUGUAAAAUGUUGUUGCUCAUUAGGGGUCUGGGGGCAACUCUUCAGGCACUCGGAAUUUGCAAAUUGUGGCACAGUUAUUUGUAUGUUACAAGAAUAUCAGUGUAAAUUUUAUCGAACUGUACAAGCAUACAAAACUCCACUUGACAAUUUGUGAAUAGGGGAACUCAUAUUUAUGCUCAAAUUGAUAUGUGGAUGAGUAACAAUUCUUGGGUAAAGAUUCAAAGUUGAUUCUGGAGUAGGAUUCAAUGUCUACGAUGUACCACUGUGGUUCGAUACAAAUAGAGCUGGUAAAUUUUAUUUCUA